CUUACGAUCACAGUCUGGUCGCCAUCACUUCUCCCUGGAACAAUCCAAACUUCACUCACCGACCCUCCUUCACUUUCUCUCGGCAAUGGCGGUGGUUUCCUCUUCUUGCGUCACCAGAAUCUCCGGCGGCACUCUUCCCUCUGCCCUCCGCCGUCCCGACGCUGCCGUCUCCUUUGUCCACCGCCUCAAUUCCUCGGUCCGUCUCGCCUCUUCAUCUUCUCGCCGGCCUCCGAGAGGCGUCGUGGCCAUGGCCGGCUCUGGAAAGUUUUUCGUUGGAGGAAACUGGAAAUGCAACGGGACAAAAGACUCCAUUACCAAGCUUGUCACCGACCUGAACAAUGCGACCUUGGAAACCGAUGUAGAUGUGGUUGUGGCACCUCCGUUUGUUUACAUCGACCAGGUCAAAUCUUCACUGACAGACCGCAUUGAGAUCUCAGCUCAAAACUCAUGGGUUGGAAAAGGUGGAGCUUUUACCGGUGAAAUCAGUGUGGAACAGCUGAAAGAUAUAGGCUGCAGAUGGGUCAUUCUCGGACAUUCUGAGCGCAGACAUGUCAUUGGAGAAAAUGACGAGUUUAUCGGGAAGAAAGCUGCUUAUGCUUUGAGCGAGGGUCUGGGAGUGAUUGCUUGUAUUGGGGAAAAGCUAGAAGAGAGGGAAGCGGGCAAGACUUUCGAUGUUUGCUUUGAGCAAAUGAAAGCUUUUGCUGAUGCUGUACCAAGCUGGGAUAACGUAGUUGUUGCUUAUGAGCCUGUUUGGGCUAUCGGAACCGGCAAGGUGGCGACGCCUCAGCAAGCGCAGGAGGUUCAUGUGGCUGUCCGGGAUUGGCUCAAGAAGAACGUCUCUGAAAAAGUUGCUUCUGAAACAAGGAUCAUAUAUGGAGGUUCUGCGAAUGGAAGCAAUUGUAAUGAGCUUGCCAAGCAGGAAGAUAUUGAUGGAUUUCUCGUUGGCGGUGCCUCCUUGAAAGGUCCGGAGUUUGCGACGAUAGUGAACUCGGUCACGUCGAAGAAAGUGGCGGCUUGAUCUGUCGCGGAGAGGAAAAACUCGUUUUGCCAUAUGGAAGGAAGAGGUCUGAAUGAAACGAACGUAGAGAACGGAGGUUUGAGACUCUGUUUGUUGUUGUUGUUGUUGUUGUUGUAUUUCACAUAAAAAGCUGCCGCUGCCUUUUACCUCUAUUUUUUUCGGAAUAGACAAGAAGUGCUGUCUUCGAUUGAGGCUUAUGCGUGAUCAAACUCGUCACUACUUGUGAAUCUCGAAUAAGAUCUGAUGCGGGGCUAAAGCCCUCUCUGUCUUGGGGGUCGUCGGCUACUUGUUGGAGUUUUUGUAUUUU